AUGUGGUUCAUGUCUAACAAAUUUCGAAUCUUACUCAGCUUUGUUUUGACUGCUACUUAUGGUAUAGCAAAAUGUGAUCCUAUUUCUAAUAAGAAUUUCAAUUCAAACAUUAGAGAUUAUGCAGCAACAGAUGUAAAUAACAUAACAAAUGUGAAAACUUUGCAAAAGGAAGAUUUAGUAAAAUAUGCAACGUUUACACCAGCCAGCAACCCAAUUAAAUUCAAGGAAAUACCCGACAGUGCAUUGUCCAGCUCAAGUAAUGGCCGAGGCUUGCUUUAUCAUGAUCAUUCAGGUUACACAGUAAAUGAAUAUGAAGAGGGUCCUCAUUACACACAUGGUCACGAUUACCAUCUUUAUGACCCCCAUUCAGAUGGUCAUGGUCCUCCUUCUUUUGAUCAUGACUAUCACGGAUAUCACCACAAUGAUCAUCAUGGCCAUCACGAUUCGCAUGAUCACCAUGACUAUCACGAUUCCCAUGGUCACGGUCAUCAUCAUGGGCACUAUGAUAAACAUUAUAAACAUGCGCUAGCAACAAAGGCAGUGCUGUGGCCUAUUGCUGGAAUAGCACUCCUGGGAGCAGCGGCAGCACUAGUUAGUAAUCCAGUUCUCCUACAGCUUGGAGUCAUAUCUGGUAAACGUAGAAGACGAGACACAGACGAAAUAACUGGACCUGAUUAUGCGUCUGACAUGUUCACAAAGUAUGAAGAAAAAAUAAAAGAACUAAGCAAUGACGGGAAAAAUUUUCAAAUCAAGGAGAAUUUAAGGGAAAAAACGAAAGAAAACAGAGUUUUAAAAAUUGCAUCUUUUACUGAGACCGCUAAAAGGAGGCAAUUAAAAUUCAAUAAUCCCAAGGACAUGAAAACUAAUACAAGUUUUAAAAAAGUGCAUUACCAAGUCAAGAGAAACACCAAUCAAGAACCAGAAACUCCAAUUUAUGACGAUAAUGAUAACAGAUUUAUCCCUAUUCCAAUAAAAUUUAAAACAUCUAAUGGAACUGAUUAA